AUGAUAUCCUUUUCUCGGCUCGCGCGCGGUCGUUGCGGCCGGGCCCUCACGGUGCCCGUGAUCACCACUGCCGGCAACUUCAAUGGACUCGCCGGCGGCUCGACGUUCAGCUGCAGCCGCACCCCAAAAGGCCAGGUGCGGCUGCGGGAGGAGACACACGAGGGCUAUGAAUACGUCGUGGUCCUGCCGGAUGCCGCGGCCGCGGCUCUGCGCGACCUGCUGCAAGCCGCGCACCGCAAGCGCGGGGCGGCCGCACCCAACGAUGACAGGCCCGUGGAAACGCGGCGCGUGGUGGAUGGGGACCGCGAGUUCACACUGGAGCUGUCGGCUGUUGCCCAUUCAGAGGCAGACAUUGACGGGAGCAGCAGCCGCUCCACCGCUGCAGAGCUGCGGGGCGUGAGCAUGCUCCGUGUGCAGGAGGUGGGGCGCAGCAGUGUCGCGCUGCCGCUGGGCUCCAAGGCUGCGAGGGUGGGAGCUGCACAGCUGCGGUCCAUUUUGGACCGCUGGUCAAACCAGGAGAAGCAGCAGCAGCAGCAGCAGCAGCAGCAGCAGCAGCAGCAGGAGCAGCAGCAGCAGCAGGAGGAGCAGGAGCAGCAACAGCAGGAGCAGCAGCAGCAGCUGGAGCACAGCGCCAGUGGCAACGCGCCCAUCGGCAGCAGCAGCAGCAGCAACAGCAGCAGAAGAAGAAGCAGAGGUAGUAGCAGAGGCCAAAACGGCAAUGCGGUUGGUGACUCAAACGUCAAGCAAAUCAGUGGCACCCGAAGCGGUGGCGGCAGCGGUGGUGGCAGUGGUGACAGUGUUCCGACCAACAGCAGCGACAUCAACCUCAGCAGCCCUAGAGAGCCUGAGGGCGUUGUCAGCGGCGCUCGCGUGGCAGAUGGCGCGAGAGCCUCGGCAGCCAAGACCCCCGCGGACGUGCCCAUCCAGCCCCCUUCAGCGGCACAUCAGGCGGUCAUCUCGCACGCAGCAGCCUCAGAGGCCACGGCGCCGGCGCCCGCUGCGGCCGCCUCGCCCCAGGGGCCCGAGCAGCUUCUCGCCAGCAUCCUCGCGGCUCCCGACCUUGAGAGCCUGGAGGUGCUGCUUGAGCAAGCGCUUGCGGGGGGCGGCGCGGCGGUGGCGACGGCGCACCUGGUGGCGCUGUGGCUGCGGCUGCCAGUGGUGCUGGACGCCGCGCCAUUUGGGCAGACCGAGGCCGCGCAGUCCCUGGCGCUGCGCCUGGCGCGCCUGAUGGAGGGCCGCCUCGCCGGCGCCGCCCCCGGCGUGCUGCUGCUCGCGCUGCAAGCCGGCGCUGAUCUCGUUCGGCUCUCGCCGCCGCUGCAGCUGCCGGCGCGUUGGCUGGACGACUGGGCCGGCGCGGCCGCGCCCCACCUCGGCGGCUUGUCAGCUGAGCAGCUCGGGGCUGUUUUUGCGAGGCUGGAGGCCCUCGGCGCGCAGCCGACGCCCGCGUGGGCGGCGGCCGCUGCUUCCGCCGCGGCGGCCGCGCUAGGGCGCAACGCGUCCGCCGCGGGCGCAGCCGCGCAGCUGCUGUCGCUGUUGGCGUCGAGCGUUGACGACGCGGCUGGGGGUGCACAGGAGGGCGGCGGCGGCGGUCGCGACGGCAGCAGCGCCCUGCACGCCGCCCUGGCGGCUGCCCUGCCACGCCUGCUGCCGGCGAAGCUGUCGGCGCUCCUCGCCGCCGUCGCCGGGCAGCUGCCCGCGGCGCGCGCGGCGGCCGUGCAGGACGGCGCCUGGCGGUGGCUACAGUCUGGCGAGCUGUCAGCGGGGCUCACAGCAGACCAGCUGUCUGAGCUGAUCUGGCGCCUGCCCCACCCGCCGCCGGCGCCGCGCGCAGCUGCCGCCAAGGCACCUGGCGCUAGCAGCGGGGGCCGCGGCGGGGGCGGCCUCCUCGCAGUGCUGAGGGCGCACGCGCGGGCGAGCGUGUCGCGCGGCGGCGGCGCGGGGCGGUGGGAUCUGGGGGACGUGCUGCUGCUGCUGGAGGCGGCUGCGGAAAAAGACGCGGACGCGGCGCUCGCUUGGCUGCCGGAGGCGCUGGCCGCGCUGGCAGAUCAGGAGGGGCGGUCAGACGGCGCCCUGGCCGGCGGCGCCGCGGCCGCGGCGGAGGCGGGGGCUGCACAGGCGGCGGCGGAGGCUGAGGCGUCCGCCCUGCGGCUGUGCCGGCUGCUGGGGGCGCUCGGGGCGCUGGACGGCCAGCGGGCGCUGGCGGCCGCGGCGCCGGCGGCUGCUGUGCUGGCCCGGCGCGCCGCGGCGCUGGGGCCGGCUGCGUUCCUGGAGGUUUCGGGGCGCGUGCUGUGGCUGAGCGGCGGCGCGGCGCGGCUGGCGGCUGUCGUGGAGGACGGCGACGGCGUGCCGCCGCCCGCGGCGGCAGCGGGCUGCGCAGAGGGCGGCCGCUUCUCUGCAUGA